UCUUUCAGUUCAGUUUUGGUCCCUCCUGACAUUCCCCCGCGUCGCGCCCCGCAGAACCAUAUACGCGACGCCCGCGACGAGCACGAGGAAGCAGCCGCGAGGCGCACGACCCAGACGACGCGACACGAACAUCAACACCGAAACAGAUACGAGUGACGAGCGCCUGGCCUGAUCGACGGCGGUUGAACAACAACGGAGAACAUGGCUUCUUUCCCAAAUACGGAUGACACCACGGCUUAUGAUCCUUCCGGGUUGACCUACCCGGCCGGUGAGGAGGAGGAUGGAGGAAGCGCUGGUGGAGCCGCGCAGGGAGUAGCGGCGAGUACGUCGCCCGUUGACGGUCGUCGUGAUUUGCGCGCAGACGCGCCGCCCCCAGCACCACCGACGCAUUAUCCCGUACACCCGCUUUUCCAGCCACCGCCAGGUUACGGGCCACCGUAUGGCGAUCCCAAUAUGCGCCGCAUGCCUGGCUACCCCGCUGACGGGAGGGAGCUCCCUCCCCCGGGACUCAUGGCCAUGUACUCUGGCUAUCCCCCGACAAUGCAUGGAUGGGCACCGCUGGACAUGUACGGGAGACCAGGGGGAAUGCCACCGCCGGAUUAUCGCGCAGCUGACCCCAGGUUGGUGCGGAUGCCUGGAAGCUCUGGCAAGAUGCGCGACAGUUUGGGUAUUUCGGGAGAUGAAGGGCCCGAAAAGGAAGGAAAGAGGCCGCAAAAGAAGACUGAGGUUGCGUGCAAUUUCUGCCGGACCCGCAAGCUGAAGUGUGAUGGUAUCCGCCCUCAGUGCGGCCAAUGUUCGCAGCGUGACCAAUCGUGCCUCUUCCAGGUGGGUCCUCCGAACCGCCGCGGUCCCGGAAAGAAGAAUCGCCUCGGUUCGUCCAUGCCGGAUUCCCCCCAUGGUCCGGGCCCUGUGAGCCCCAGGCAGCGCGCGAGCAAGAGGAAGGGAACGAUGGAAACGAUGAUCCUGGACCUUGGAGACCCAGUGCCUUUGAGGAGGGAUAUGCCCCCCGUUCCGCCUGGAGCGAUGAUGGGUGUUAUAGGUCCCCCGCCUGGAUAUAUGCCCUACCCCGGACCGCCCCCGCCGGGACCACCUCAGUAGGUGCGGUUCGGGGGCAGGGAGGGGCAACCACCUACUACGCCUUGCCUUAAUGGCGAGACAGGCAGGGCGGCUGCCCACUACAAACUGGAUCAAUGGGAAUGUUGGAUGUCAAGCAAAGUCUUAAGAAGUUCGACGAUGCUGUUCGGAGAUUGAAGAAGCUGUUGUGCUGUAAUGGACUCGUGGUCGUUGGGCGCUCCUUUCGGAAUAUACCUCUUUUGGAAUACAGGUGUAAAGGUGCUGUUGUUUAUUUUCUCCUUGUCUCUUGCUGUCUUGCCUUCGAUUCGUUCUCGUUCCCCCAUCUCUCCUCAUCUUGCAAACACUAUUAAAGUGAAAGUCCGAACUAUGCUUAUUAGCUCCUCUCCUA